AUGCAGCAGACAAUGACCUCCUGCAUCCCCCUACGCUACAACAUCCUCUGGACUUCAGACCAGCUACGCGUCGUCGCAGACGCUUUCUUCGCAGAUCUCAAAGUUUCCCCGUCCAAGGUCGUCUUGCGCCACUUUUCCACGACAGAAGUCGUUGUGUUUGACCACUCGCCUCGUUCCUCAUACAAUUCCACGCUCUUCGGGCUGAAUGCUGUCAGAUCAUACUUGGAUCUAUUGGCAACACACUGGACAUGUCAUGAUCUGCGUAAGCAUCGGAUGGAUGUUUCCUUGGAUGCAAGGAGGGUGGUGGCGACGGCGAGCGUUAUAUGGAAGUGGAAGAAGUCGGGCAAAAGCUGGCAGGAGGACUUUACAUGCACCCUCGACUACGACGAGGCCAUGAAGAUUAAGAGCUUCGUGAUAAAGACAGAUUCAGCCCCGGAGACCUGUGUUAUGCGCGCCGUUGACCCAUAG